AUGAAUUACACUAGAACAGAAUUAUAGCAAACGUAAUUCAUUCAAUAUCUAACUAAAAAGGAAUGUUAACUUUAUCAAAGUCUGCUUAAUCCUCGUCAUAUAUCUACAGCAUUAUUAUUAAGUUAAAAAUAAUUGAACCCUUUUUAUGGUUAAUUUGAUGUAACUCUAAACAAUAUAGAUCUUUGUUUUGGCUAACGUUCAAAUAUUUUUAUUGUGCAUCCUCUAAUUACUAAGUUUUGCCUGAACUUGCAUAAAUGAAAUAAUCUGGAUCCUUUUUUUCUAAUGAUGCCUCAAUUACUAGUAGAUUUAAAUAAUUAAGAGAGAGCUUUAGUAGUCUUCGCAGAAGAAGAGCUUUUCAUUAUUGGUAUGUUCGUGAAGAUAUGGAAGAUGACGAGUUUUGUCGAGCAUUAUACGACUUAGAAUGUUUAGAAAAAGAUUACAAUGAAGUAAUAUCCUCGAAUAAUCAAUAAAUUCUGAAUGAAAAGAAUGAUGAGUUGUGA